GGGGUCAGGACAGACCUGGCUGGUGACUGGGCAGCGCUGGUGGCCGGCGAGCAACCCCGGGACGCCCUUCCCGCAGCCUUGCCCUGGAGAGGCUGGCCUCGGGGGGUCCCGGCGGGCUCGGCGGGGGUAGCAGGUCUGCACCCCGGGGGUGCGGUGGAGCCACACCAACAGCCUCCUUCCUAACUUGCAGCUUUCUCUUUCCCGCCCUCCAGCGCCCUGUGCUCCCUUCCUUGGAAGGCUUUUCUUGCCUGUCACAGGAUUGUCAAGGCCGAGUCUGGGCUUAGCAACCCCAGCGACAAGCCCAACAACCCUGGCUGUUAGUGGUCCCCUUAAAGCUGGUGCUCCUUGGUCAGGCAGGGGCCGCUUGCUGGUAGGAGGCUUCCAGGGGCAGGGGAGGGAGUUCCCUGCUGGCCAGGCCUGUCCUCCUCUGUGGGGCAGCUGGGAUAGCGGAGGUGACCAUGGCAGUCCUGGUGAACCAUGUGGGUGCAGAGGAGGGCAGGUGUGGAUUCCACAGAGGAAGCUGCUCUGCUGUUACCAAAAAGGGGAGGGGAGUUGCUGGUGAAGCUAGAAGGACAGAGUCACCUACGGAGAAGAUACUUAUCCCUGAGUUGCGUCUCCUGAGCUGGCUGCCUUCUCCCCUGGUCACCGGAUGGCCCCCAUGCUGCUCGGGGCUGCCUCUGCCGCGGCUGCUCCCUGCCUUUUAACUUAAGACAUCAUAACACCUCACCUUCUGCAGCUUUGGAAAGCAGGGGAGCAAAGUCAUUGGAAUUAUUUUCAAAGAGGUGAUGGCUGUGGGUGAGGACUUGAGCCCCUCCCUGUGUGGGGAGUGUGGGCCUUCUGCCCUGAGGUGGGUUUCAGGGCCUCCUGCGGCCAUGCAGGGUCACUUCUGUGUGUUUCUUUGAUGGUUUUCCCCAACUGACUCCUCCAGGGCACAGGGGUUGUGGUUUCAGGACCCCGUGGCCAAGAACAGUGAAUGCGUGAACGUGGUUGCACACUCAUGCCUUUUCUAAGUACAGAUCUUGUUCCUCUUCCCUCCAUCAUCUUGUUCUUAAUCACAAAUCAUGGGAGAUGAAAAUAAAGCCAUUGAGCAUGAAGAUCAGGACCCAUCUCCUGGGAUAAAUCACAUAACCUCUCUGUGUCAAGAAGCACAGGAGGAGGCAAUUAUGAACCUUGAAAGUAUAGAUGGAAAUGAACUAACAGAAGGAAGUAACCUGAUGAACUACAGCGAAAAAAAACUACAAGAUACGCCAACUGAAUCAAAUCACUUGCAAAAGCUAAAGCAAACAUUUGCCUGCCCUCCACAUGGUAUACUGGAUCGGGUAAUAACGAAUAGCACCUUGGUGGUCCUCCUGUGGGCUGUGGUCUGGGCGCUCUCAGGCAGCGAGUGUCUUCCAGGGGGAAACCUGUUCGGGAUUCUCACUCUCUUCUACUCCGCUGUCCUGGGAGGUAAACUGCUGGGGCUCAUUAAGCUCCCCACGUUGCCACCACUGCCCCCUCUUCUUGGCAUGCUGCUGGCCGGGUUUCUCCUCAAGAACACUCCUGUCCUCAGUGACUACGUGCAGAUCCGACCGCGCUGGUCUUCCUCCCUCAGAAGCAUCGCCCUGGCUGUGAUACUGGUCCGCGCGGGCCUGGGGCUCGAUUCCAAGGCUCUGAAGAGACUGAAGGGUGUCUGUGUGAGGCUGUCCGCGGGCCCCUGUCUGGUGGAGGCCUGCACAUCCGCGCUUCUGGCCCGCUUCCUGCUGGGCCUGCCGUGGCGGUGGGCCUUCAUGCUGGGUUUUGUCCUAGGAGCCGUCUCUCCAGCCGUGGUGGUGCCGUCCAUGCUCCUUCUGCAGGCUGGCGGCUUCGGCAUAGAAAAAGGUGUGCCCACCUUGCUCAUGGCUGCGGGCAGCUUCGAUGACAUCCUGGCCAUCACUGGCUUCAACACCUGCCUGGGCAUGGCCUUCUCCACAGGCUCCACGGCAUUUAACGUGCUCAGAGGAGUUUUGGAGGUGGUGAUUGGAGUGGCGGCUGGGUCUCUUCUGGGCUUUUUCAUUCAGUACUUUCCAAGCAGUGACCAGGCGCAGCUUGUGUGGAAGCGGGCGUUCCUGGCCCUGGGGCUCUCCGUGGUCGCCGUGUUCAGCAGCGGGUAUUUCGGCUUCCCCGGGUCUGGGGGCCUCUGCACCCUGGUCAUGGCUUUCCUCGCAGGCGUGGGCUGGGCCAGCGGAAAGGCAGAGGUUGGAAAAAUUAUUGCGGUUGUCUGGGAGAUUUUUCAGCCCCUUCUCUUUGGGCUGAUUGGAGCAGAGGUCUCUAUCACGUCUCUUAGACCAGAAACUGUAGGUCUUUGUGUCACCACCCUCAGCAUUGCAGUGUUGAUACGAAUUUUGACCACAUUCCUGAUGGUGUGUUUUGCUGGUUUUAACAUAAAAGAAAAGAUAUUUAUUUCUUUUGCAUGGCUUCCAAAGGCCACAGUUCAGGCUGCAAUCGGAUCUGUGGCUCUGGACACAGCAAGGUCACACGGAGAGCAGCAGCUGGAAGACUACGGAAUGGAUGUGCUGACAGUGGCGUUUUUGGCCAUCCUCAUCACGGCCCCAAUUGGAAGUAUACUUAUUGGUUUGCUGGGACCCAGGCUUCUCCAGAAAGCUGAACCUCAGAGUAAAGAUGAAGAAGUUUGAGACUGCUACACAAGCUUAGAGGUAAAAACAGAGACUACUAAAUAUAAUGCUGGAAAGCUGCUAGCAAAGCAAAGCCUACUUGUGUCAAGAUGGGCACUGAAAUAAGUGAUGUUUGAGCUUAAAACGUAAGAAUUGAAAGCGUGCUAUUUCUUUAAAUAGCAUUUUUGGCCAUUACUCUUCCUUGGCUGGGGGUGAGGGGUAAGGUCUUACCAGGCUUUUAUUUCAAACACCUCUGUGUCUCUUAAUCUGUAGAGACACAGAUACACUUUAAUGUACUACCACAAUUUAAAAUGAAGACAGGUAAAACAAGUCCACUACCCUGACCUGCUGGCAAACAGCCUGCUCUGUUACCUCAGUGUCCCCGUGUUGAAGCUUCCGGCCUCGCAAAGCUUGCCUUGGUUUUCACAUCUUUCUUUGAUGGUCUUCAAUACCCUGACACCGUCCACAGCAUUGAUGUCUCACUUUCCUGCAAAUCUGCUUCUUCUGAGUGUCUACCUCUCUUGCUACCUCUCUCUGAAUUACUGUAGUUGAUUCCUCCCACCAAAAUUUAAAGUACGCAGAGUCUUCACCAGUUCUUCCCCUUGAGCCUCCGCAGAUGUCGGCAGGCCCCAUCCUGUCAUGAGCUCUCAGAGUCCCAUUUCACUGGCCCAUCUUGGUGUGUCCCCAUCAGGAUGCCCUCUGCACCGCUUUCUGAUGUGCUUCCUGCGACUCACAUCUGCAGGCGCUUCCUGUUCGCUGGGUGAGAGAUAGCGCAUUUUCAAAAGUAUAUGCCAGCCUCAGGAUCAUCUUAACGAGUGCCAGGCAAGCUGCUGUAAUGAAGACACAGAAAACACAGCACUUAAGGGAAAACAAACACUGAAUUCCUCCUCAUGAAGCUGGCCUGCUCAUCACGCAUCUCUUCUGAGGGCCACUCAGAGACUCGUAGCCUUCCGUCUCAAGGCUCUGCCCUGCUCCUACUUAGCACACGCUGCUUAAAUAGGGGUCUCUCUCAUGUCUCUUUUCCUUUUUUAAUUAAAUAUUUUUUGCAGUAACACUGGCUUAUGACAGUUUCCAGCGUACACCAUUGUGAUGGGACAUGGGCGUUUGGUAAUGGUAUAAUUUCCACCCAUCCCAAGCCUCCCUUCAAGCCCUCGGCAAGAGGAGAAAGUCCACAGCAAGCAGCUGGUUUUGAAGGACAUGAUGUGGCAGCUGGAUGUCUCUGCUCAAGUCCUGUUGGCGAUGACCACCCCUGCUGGGAGGGAACACGAAGUCUCUCCAGAGCAGUCGCCUUCCCGGGAAAACAAGAGCGGGGACUUGGGAGCCAGAGGAACCACGAGGUGUUACCCUCGCUUAGAGGCACGUUCUUGCUUGUCAACAAGACUUUUUAAAGGCAGCGUGAACUGUGGCAGGCAUUUCAGACAGCAGGCCUUGCCAGCAGAGGCGAUACCAGAAGAAAGACAGGACGUUUCCUGCGGAGAAACGGAAGGUGUCGCCCUGAGGCAGGCGGGGAGGGCCCACUGCGGACAAAAGUCGUUCAGGCAA